UCGCCCUCUGCUGGUAUAUAUGCUGCAUUACAAGUGUAUGUUAUACAUCUAUCUAUCUAUCUAUCUAUCUAUCUAUCUAUCUAUCUAUCUAUCUAUCUAUCUAUCUAUCUAUCUAUUUUUGCCAUUAUAUAAUCUUUCCGACUGUCUGUCUCUCUAUCCAUAUGUUUUUAUCAAUAUAUAUUCUAUUAUCCAACUGCAUAGUGAGCUUUUUGCAACCAUCCAGAUUCCAGAAUAUCAAUAUUUCUUUCUGAUAGACAAGUAUGGCCUUCAAACUUCAAAAUACUUCAAACUAAAAACCUUCAAACUUAGAACUUCAAGCUUUUAAAACAACUUAAACCUUUCAGGCUUUGUUGAGCCAAGACCCAAGUUUGUCUUAAAAAAAAACCUUUUGAUCUAGUUAUAUAGUAUGGGCUCAUAAAAACUGCAUGUAUGAUAAAUACAGGUGACAGAAAUGUCACACUGCUUCACUGUCCAAUUUGUGUUGUUUUUAGUAUUAUAUGUACUAUCAGUAUCAUUUAUAUGAUACUUUCUAUUAAGAAACAAGGAAACAAGUCCAGCAGCGCAUCAGAUUUGGCUCACAGAUAUUUUGUUUGCAUUACUCUGAAGUCUUCAUCUGUCUCUCUUCGGUGGAGGGAAGAGAAAGUCUGAGUAUAAACAGACUCUGCCUCAGCAGCCGCUCAAUGGCUCUGGAGGAACGAGGAUGUAAACACUGAGCUGCUCUCUGUCUCCUACUGAAAACUCUUUCUGCAAGAACAGGACGAUUGUGAGGUGAGGAGAACAGCAGGAACAUCAGUCCACCAGAAAAAUACAGAAAAUACAGAAAAACAGAAAAAGUAAGAAUGCAGUCAGAGCUUGUGUCAUCGGCGAUGCUUCAGCCUCCCAAUGCAUCCGUCACUCCAGCAUACCUGGAGUUCUUCAACUCGACAGAGUGGGAACUAGUCCACUCCAUCAUUCCACCGUACAUCUUCACCGUGUGCUUGACAGGAAUUCUGGGAAAUGUUUUGGUAUUGGUAGUGUUCCUGCUCCAGGGAAGCCGCUGGUCCGUGCCUGAGAUCUAUCUCGGGAAUCUGGUGCUGGCUGACCUCCUCCUGCUAGUCUGUCUGCCGUUUUGGGCCUUGAACAUCCUGAACUAUUUCAUGUGGUCUUACGGAGAGAUCAUGUGCAAGGUGGUCCACCUCUCCAUUAAUGUCAACAUGUACACCAGCGUCUACAUGCUGGUGAUGGUGAACGUGGACCGCUACCUCGCGUUCGCUUUGACCACGAAGGCCAUGUGGCUUCGUCGGAAAAGCUACGCCAAGUUCAUUUGUGUCGUUCUUUGGCUGUUCGGUGUGGGAAUGGGAGCUCCGACAGUCUGCAUACAAAAACCGAAAGAUAUUCCAGCUCACCAAGCCGUCGAAUGCCACCUGGAUUAUCCCAACACAAGUUGGAAACUCGCUCAUCUUCUGCAGCUGAACCUGGUGGGCUUUGUUCUGCCACUCCUGGUCAUCACGUUCUGCUGCGUCAGUAUCAUCCGGGCUUUGAAGCAACGGAGACACAUCGGUUAUUGGGAGGACAGAAACGACAAGAAGGCUACGGUCCUGGUGUGCGCCGUCACCCUGCUCUUCCUCAUCUGCUGGGGUCCGUUUCACUUCGUGACUUUGAUAGACUUGCUUUGUGAUCUAAAUGUUUUGGAUGAGAAUGAGUGGUCUCACUUUCUAAACAUUGGAAGACACUGUUCUCUGUACCUUGCGUUCUCAAACAGCUGCCUGAACCCGGCGCUGUAUGUUUGCUCAGGAAAGUAUUUCAAAAGGAAAGUCAGCAGCAUCUAUAACAGAAGAAAACGCUCCUUGGAUGCGACUGCUUUACAGCGGACUGUUUUAACCUCUGCGACAACCGCCAAUCAAAUCGAGCCUGUUGAUACAUGAGAAAGACUAGUGUAAGAUUUUUUGCAACACUGCAAAUUGUGCUUCCAGUAUCAUUGCAAUUAUCAAGGUUGCCACUGUUUUUGACCAAACAAAUCUCCAUAAUAUUUCUCAAAUAUUUAAUCAAUAAUUUUAGAAACUAAUUUUAUUUUUACCCAAGUAGCUUAUUAGAUUUGUUUUAUUAAAUACAUGAAAUAAUUCAUUCAUUAACUAUAUAAU